AUGUCUAGCGACGACAGCGAUUCCGCUACGUUCUCACCCGCCGCUGGCAGUGUUAGCGGUGAUCUUCUUGAUCUUGGUAUCCCCCUCCCCAGCACGUCUUUCAACUUGGACGACGUCCGUGAGGUCCUUGACAACGUUGUUAGCACUUUUGAUACGACCGUCUGUCGCGCCGCGCUUCUCGAGCUCCCUCAGUCCGCCGCCGCCAAAGACCUCAUCGCCGGCAUCGACGACGACGAAGACAAACAAGUCGUCCCACGGGAGCACCUCGCAGACGCCGCCAUCAUCGCCGACCAUCCCGCUUUCCGCUCGAUCAUCGCCCCGCUCGGUCGUCUUCACCACACUGACCUUGCGCUCUACGACGACGUCGCCAGCGACCUCGAGCGCAGCGAGCAGGAGCUGCAGACCGCCCGCGCCGUUGCCAAUGCGGCCCAGGACAACUUCGAUCAGAAGAACCUCGACUACGUCAACCUUGAAACCUCGUACAACAGCCUCCAGAGGAAGCACGACGAGCUGGUCGCGGACUACAACGCCCUCAAGUCUCGCAGCGCCAACAUUCGAGCCCCGUACGACAACCUCGCUGAGACCCCGGGCAAGAUGUCUUCCCUCAGACAGACGGUGGAGAACCCACCUAUCUUCACUGGCAAGGAGAACUGGAAGUGCGACCCCUUCCUCUAUGUUGACGAGGAUGUCAAGAUCAUUCGUACCGCUAUGCUGCUUGGCCCUGAGAUCCUGUCUGGCAUUCAGGACGAUCUGGACGUUAUCCAGAGCGGUGGUGACAAGUAUACCUGGCGCUGGAAGACUGGCGUCGAGUUCAUGGAGUACUCCGUCCAACGUCCCAUAGCCGAAUCGUUGGGGUAUGCGAACCUGCAAGGCUGGAUGUAA